AGGGGACGAAAUGCGUGUUGCAGCUCAACUUUUGGAGGAUACAAAGCAGGAACCGCCCGAUUCUGUUUUUCAGGGCUAUGAACCAGUCCAAUUUUUCCUUGAUGCGCCCAACUCAAUCGCGAGAAAAUUGACGGAUGGGGCGUUGAGUUAUCUCAAUGUGGGUCUGGUGUACAACAUCUCGGCGAAGAAAAUUCCCGGCAAUACUGUAGGAAGUGAUCCCGUACACACUAUUAUUUCACUAUUAAUAGAUGGCAAGGAUGACAACUCUGUCGUGCACUGGGAACAGUGGCAGAAAACUUGUGCAGCGCAAUUCAAUAUGAAUUCGGCAAAUCACCCACAUUCGGGAGCCAAGAUCGGCAUGACGUCAGCACCCACACGGCCAAUCAACGCGUUAGCAACAAAGGCUCAAGGAAUCACAAAUCUUACAAAGCCCAGGAUAAAUAGUUUGUCGUUCUACUGGACACCAAGUGAAGGAUUUAAAUUGCCCAUACAGGUUUACUGCUUGUCGACUGACUUUGUAACACAAAAGGGCGUAGCCGGCAUGCCGUUUAAGAUACAGGUGGACAUACUCAACGCCAAAAGCACGGGAACCGAGUCUCUCUACCGAUCACAGUGUCUGAUAAAAGUGUUCAGACCUAACGGUGCUGAACGUAAGCAUAAAGAAGAGAGCAAGAGCGAGGAGAAGAGAUUGCUCAAGCACAUGAAGAAAAGUGGUCCCGCGGUGUUUACUAACCCUUUCUUUCAAGAAUCAAAAUACACAACAUUUACUUCAAUACCAGCGUUGGGACCACCUCCAGUCCAGUUUGCCGAUAAGCCUCUGGACUCUCUACCACUGGUCGCUACUGGGGACGUUAUGGGUGUGCUGUCUGAAUUCAACAUCGACAGCACAAUGUUUACUGAGACACAGGCCCACAGAGAUAAGCGGCAGUACAUAAGCUCCCCUGUGUCCGCCGGAGAGGAGCACCCCAAUUCAAACGCCACUUCGGAGGGACGUAGAUCGCAGAAUUACUGUGGGUCUCCCGGUGCCGCCAAGAAGGCGUGGUCUCGGCCAGCUGAUUACACUACACUGUACUUAAAAAUUGAGGACGAAGAAGCCUACCACGCCAUCUAUUUGUACGAAAAAGACCUGGACGAGCUGAAACUCAAGAUUGCACAACGGUAUCACAAGUCAGCGGAAAAUAUACGCAAAAUAUACAAACGAACGAAAAAGGGAAUCUUAGUCAAUGUGGAUUCCGAGAUGGUAGCACGGAUAGAGGAUGAGUCUGAUUUCAUUCUAACGCUUAAGGAGGACCCCGUUACCUCUGCAGACUCGUUUUAUUGCAUCAUUUGCCCCAAUUUUGGCGACCCUAUUCCCAGUUCGACAAAACGGCAGUCGAAGAAAAGGUUAUCGUCGUCUCACUCAAGCGCCUCGAGGUCUUCGUCUAUAAAGUCGCUGUCACCGCCGGUUAUCGCUAAUACAGAUUUGCUGGAUGAAAAUCACGAUGAAAGCGAUUAG